AUGUUGGCCAGCUGGAAGCCGAGCACUGGUCCUCCCGCCGAGCUGCUGGAGCUCUACGGCCUGGUGGUUCAUCUGCUGCUGAGGGAAGAGCGCACACUGGUGUACUACAAUCCCGCAGGACUCGACUGCAGCUGGGAGGUCCUGUGGCCGCGCAACCUGUCUGCCCAUCCGCAGAUCGUGUGGCACUCGCACCCGGAUCUCCACGAUCAGCUUAAUGGGCAGCUCCUGGUGCUGGCCUGCCUGCCGAUGGACUCCAGUGCAGUACUUCAGCUGGAAGAGUUGGCCCACAGCCUGAGCCACCUGCGGACGCUGGCCCGAGUGCUCAUCGAAGUGGCUGGUGCUGAUCAGGCAGCACUGGCCAGUAGGUAUCUCUCAGUUUGCCUGCAGCGGAGCAUGCUGCGAGUGGAGCUGUACUUCCGAGACUACCAGCACUCCCUGAUGCUCUACGCCUUCCGCGCUUUUCCCAGCUUCGAGCUGGUCAGGAGGCGGGUUUCCGGCGGACAAGGCGUGCAACUGUUUGCCCAUAAAUUGGAUAAUCUGCGGGGACAUCGUCUGCGUGUGAUGCCGGAUCUGUCGCCGCCGAACACCUUUUCCUAUCGCGAUGCCAGGGGGGAUGACCAGGUGGCCGGCUACCUGUGGGACUUCAUGGCCACCUUUGCCAGUCGCGUGAAUGCUGGUCUGGAGGUAGUUCGUCCCAGUUGGCGAGCAGGUUCGUCCUCGGAGAGCACCUACAUGUUGGAGUACGCCGCGAAGGGCUUCAUAGACGUGGGCCUGACCACCACGCUGAUCACCAAGCGGAAUCUCUGGGCCAUCCAUCAGUACAGCUACCCGCUACUGGCCUCCAGCUGGUGCACCAUGUUGCCGGUGGAGGAGCCCCUGCCAACUCCAUACUUGUUCGGCCGGAUCGUGUGUCCAGCGUUGGCCAUGACCCUACUACCCGUCAUCCUCGUCACCUGGCUGUUGUUCAGGCAUCUGCGUUGCCUGACACGAUUGAAGAACUCAAGGCCGGCACGAAUCCUGCCCCACCUGCUGGCCCUGCUCCUACUGACCACCUGCAGCGCCCAACUCCUAGCGCUGCUGAUCUCCCCGCCCUAUCCAGACAGGAUCGCCAGCUUCGAGGAUCUGCUGCGCGGCGACCGGAAGAUCAUGGGAAUACGGCACGAGUUCUACGACAUGGAUGCGGCUCUGCGGGCGCGGUAUGCCGGCAUAUUUCACCUGAUUGACGAUCCCGACGAGCUCUUCGACCUGCGCAACCACUUCAACACGACGUGGGCCUACACCAUGCCCUACAUAAAGUGGCUGGUGAUAAAAACCCAGCAACGGCACUUUGCCAAGCCGGUUUUCCGCUGGGCCUCGGAUCUCUGCUUCUGUGACUUCAUGCCCACCAGCGCUGUCCUGGCCCCCGACUCGAUAUACUGGGAGUCCUUGAAGGACUUCACCUUCAGUAUCCAUCAAGCAGGUCUGAUGCGGCACUGGAUUCGAAAGAGCUUCUACGACAUGGUCCAGGCCGGCAGGAUGAGCAUCAAGGACUACAGCCAACUGGAGAUCCUUAGGCCCCUGAGUAUCGGGGACUUGGAGUUUGUCUGGCGGGUCUGUGGAGCAUCCAUCGCCGUGGCCGCUGCUGUUUUCCUGGUGGAGCUGUUGUACUUUUACGGCAACGUAUUCCUCAGCAGCUUGUAA